UAUGUACUGCCACCUCUUUUGGCAAGGAAAGAAGCCUGCUUAGAUUAAUACUCAACUAAUUUAUGGGUACAAGGUAUUUCUUAUAAAACGCGUUUCAGUAACGGUGUAUUUUUUAUUUUUUGUUAGCAGCUAAGCUAACUAGGUAACGUUGUAGAGUAGCUGUCUAGGAAAACAGGAGACGUAUAGAGUGGUCGGUGGUAUGAAAUGGGGAGAAAUGUACUAGUAGUGAUUAGUCUGACCUGUUGGUUUAGGAGUUAGCAGUAGCUAAGUGUGUGAGGGUGUGUUAAAGUGGCCGGGAUGCUUCAGGGGCCGUAUGGCGGCGCCACUGAGCGCGAUAAACUGCUCGUCCGGCUGCCUUUCACUGUGUUCGCUGUAGGAACCGUGUGUCUGCCUCUCCUGGGCCUCCUCACCUGCAUCACACUUUCUGUUAUUUAUGAUUACAACGAAGCCACCUACACUCAUUGCCAGGUCCACAACUACCUCCCGUCCAUCAGCGCAGCCAUCAGCCUCACACCGCAGCGCUACAUCUGGCGCUUCUGCAUCGGCUUGCACUCGGCACCACGCUUCCUGAUAGCAGCGGCUUACUUCAGCUUUUACAGAGGCCGCUUUGCCAGGCACAUUGUGGAGCAGCUCCUGAGUGCCUUCACUCUCCUCUGUGCUGUAAGCGAGAACGCUGGACUGCUGCUGCUCACCUACGUGUCUUCUACAGAAACAUACAAUUUUCAUAAAAAUGGCUUCAUUACAUUCAUCGCCAGCUCUGGGCUCCACAUGCUGUGCACCUGCAGGCUGUGGUAUGUGAUCACGAAGAACACCUUUAGUACUGAGGAGAUGACAUCAUACCGCUACAAGGUCCGCCUCUUCCUCUUCAAUAUUGUCUUAGCAGCGGCUGCGGGUUACUUCUUCAGGCGCCACAACAAGUAUUGUGAAUCAGGAAUUUACACCUUCUUUGCUCUGUGUGAGUAUCUGGUAGUGCUCUCCAACAUGGCCUUCCAUAUGACAGCCUACUGGGACUUUGGAUGUAAAGCAGUGAUGGUGGCAGUGCCAGUGGAGUCCAAACACAUCUGACUGUUAGAUAACACGUUAACAUGAAACCACAUUAAUAUGGAAAGAACUGUGCAUCUUAAUUCAUAGAACCAUUAUUCCUGUGCUGAAGUAAGUGCUUGUGUCUGCGUGCGUGUGUGUGUGCGUGCGUGUGUGUACCAUUUUUAAUUUUGAAUACUUACCCAAACAGAUAAAAGGUUUAAUUGUUUUUUUCUAAAUUGUACUGUGUUUACAAAGUUUUUGUGAUUAUUUUGCACAGAUUUCUAAAUGUUAUAACGGGAUAUUUAAAAAUCUUGAAAAAAUGUCACUCAAGUCACUGACUGAAAUCAUCAGUUUUAAAUUUUAUUUAAAAUGUAAUAUUUAGAAUUAUACUACUACUAAUAAUAACAACCAAGAUGUUCCGCUUUAAGUCAUCAGUGAGAAGAAUUGAAAGUAAACACUUCCUGUAAUGUAUUUUAUAUUUGGGAACUUAUCUCAGGUCUGAUUUCAUGACACAUUAAGGAUGUAAAGUUAUAUCAUGAGCAAGAGAUUAUACUGACCUCAACCAUCAGAGCACCAAAGUCAGGUUUAUUACCACUGACUCUGAAUGGUGUUUAAAAGAAGAUUUAAACCCAAACUGAAAUUAACACCAGAAUUGGUUAAUAAAGUAUCAUGAGACAUUUACACGAUGCUAAGCUGCUAGCUAUAAGCUUUCAUUAUUCCUUUAUGGUGUUAUUUAUACUGAACAUGUUUUAGUUAAUGUCUUGGGGACACAAAGAUAUUCUUUAAAUAGUGAACAAGAAACACAGAAUCGCAUUAAAGGUACUACGAUUAACAAUAAAAACACGGUGUAAUGUGUAUUUCGGGUAUAAAGUGAUUGGAAUUACGUAAAGAAUUACUUAAAAAUUCUACUAUCUAGUCAUUUCAAUGGCUUAUACACACAUCAGGAGUUUAGGUUUUAGAAUUCUAGCCAAACACUAGUACUCUAGAUAUCAGAAAAUGCUGAAAAUCUCACACACAGUAGUCUUAAAGUUCAGACCUGCAGCUUAAUAGUUUUAGCUUAAUAGUCUGUGGAAUUGGCUUGUUGACGAGAGGACGGAGGAGAAGAUUCUUGAGAUGAAUCUUGAGAUGGAUGGGUGAGAAGGACCAGGUGACGUCCUUAAACCCUUCAGCAGAAGCAGAAUAAUAAUAAUUUGUUCCUAGUCUAAUAGUUGACUGGGAAUGGUUUAUUACAUGAAUAUGGUCACCAAUUAGCAGAUGUAACAGAGUAUGUAAACAAAUGAAUGGAGCUGCUGGGACAAAGCCUGAGCCUGUUAUCACCUUCAAAACAAAUGGAAGUACAGAGAUCUCAUUUUACUGUCAAAUAAUUUGACUCGGACAGCAGUGGGUUAUAAUACCAGAGAAAGAUACUAUUUCUAUCAUAAUGAUGGACUUACUGACGUAUGUGUAAGUGACAUCAGACACACUGUGUGUAUAUACAGUGUUGUUGUUAAAGCCUGAAAGAGCAAAAGAGUUUCAGUGGCCGAGACGGCACGUUAAAACAAACAACAAAAAAAAAAAACGAAAGGCUCAUGUCCAUUAUGGAGAUGAAGCUCUUUUAAAUUUUGUGUCAGUGGCACAGAUAGGGAAAUGGCUCUGUCACCACUCUAUUUAAAUAUGUCGAAGCAAAGCAGCUUCCUCUUUUCAGUCUGCACAUUCAUCUCAGGCAGAAAGCUGUCACUGCAUGAUUCAGUGGGUAAAAUGUGGUUUAAAGUCAUGUCUGAACAAAUAAAUCAAUGAAAUCAAAUCUUCAUUUCAGGCGGACUAAAGGCUUUUUACUUGUUUUUAAGCAGCUAUAUAUUGUGGCACAAGAUUAGAAAAAUGGCUAAGAACCCAAAAAAGGUAUAUUGAAAUUUAAAAUAAGAUGAACUGUAAUCAUUCGUGAUAACUUCAUGCUCGCUCACAAUGUGUGUAUUUGUUAAAUAAAGACACUUUGUACCUAUUUCUAUUACUAUUGUUAGUGCCUAUAUGUCUAUUGUUAUGGAACAUCCCUGAGAAGUUGGUUCUGGUUAUGACUUGUGUUGUAAACGUGCUGUUUAUUUUAUAUCUGCCUCUGUUUGUGCUUCUCUUUUGAAAUAAAUAGGACAUCAAAUGUA